GCCCUGACGCAGAGUAUAUAAACGCAGCUCCCGCCCUCUGCUCCUCCCUUUCCGCUGCAGGAAGUCAACGUGCCUGAAGGUGCUCGGUUCUUCAUCUGAAGCUAAGGCCCACAAUCCGGCGACUAGCACCGCUAAAUUUAGGCAUCCGACCCCGCACACGCCAAACCCAACAUCUAAAAUGGCCUCCGUGUCCGAGCUCGCCUGCAUUUACUCCGCGCUCAUCCUCCACGACGAUGAAGUCACCGUCACCGAGGACAAGCUCAACGCUCUGAUCAAGGCUGCAGGAGUCACUGUGGAGCCCUUCUGGCCAAGUCUCUUUGCCAAGGCUCUGUCCAGCAUUGACAUCGGCAGCCUGAUCUGCAACGUUGGAGCCGGAGGUGCCGCCCCCGCCGGAGCCCCAGCUGCUGGAGCUCCUGCCGCUGCUGGAGAAGCCCCAGCUAAGGAAGAGGAGAAGAAAGAGGAGAAGAAGGAAGAGUCCGAGGAGUCCGAUGACGACAUGGGCUUCGGUCUCUUUGACUAAACAGUUUUUGUAACAAAACACAAUAAAAGUACAAAAACUGAAAA